AUGAGCCUCGCUUCUCAGGUUUUUAGUCAGUCUUCUCUUGUUGCCAUAUCUAAAAUAGCCAGUGCUCAAACGCGCCUACAGCGUAUUAUUUGGGUCAUCAUCUCAACCGCUAUGUUUAUGGGAUUGUGCAGUUGCAUAACCCUCGUCAUAAUUCAAUACUGCAUGCAUCAGACCGUAUUUCAGCUGGAUUAUUCUGGACGACACACCGUCUAUGACCAAAUUCCGGGGAUAACCAUUUGUCCCGAUCCGCAAGAGAUUCAACGUUUGUUUAACUACGCCAGAGAAGUGCGAGAGUGGCCGGGGCGAAAGCAAGACGCCGAACACGACGCUGUCCCGUGGCUCCUCCCAGCCGUGAACAAGGAGCUUUUAAAAAUGAUAACCGCAAAUAAGGAAUUGGAUCCUCCAGGAGCAAUCGGCCAGAACUUGCCUCCUGGAAGUCUAUAUUGGGACACACAGACCGUUGCCAAGUCACCCAUCUAUCGGGCGCUGCAUAAUUUUUCAGUGACAUUCAAUAUUAAGCCAGCUAACAUUGCAAGCAACUACCAAUUAUUUGUACUUGAGCAAGUUCCAAAUAUACGUCAAUUUAUGUGUACGACCUUUGAGUUGACCACUCAGAGUCCGGAACUAGGUUGGUCCCACGUGGAAAUUACCAUUGAGCAGGAUAUGCACACAGCCGCAAUAGCCACCGGCACUGGUGGCCGAACGAAACCUCGUGGCACAACAUUUGCGAUAAUCACACACGAGCGUGGUGAACUACCAUUUAGCGCCUAUGACCGUAACAUCUACACAACACUUGCGCCGGAAACAGAGGUGUCAAUAUAUUACUCGAAGUCAGUAACGAGACGCGUGAACACGGCAAGAAGUCCCUGCCACGACGGGGCAGAUGCCGCCUGGCUUGCCCAAACUCUCGAAAUAACAAAAAACAACACAACUUUCCUGGACUUUUUAGACCGGCGUCGCUUGGAAAUUAAAAGAAAACGGGCCUGGCCCACAAGCAAUGUCCCCUAUUUCCCUGAUCGUCAGUCUACUGACAUGAGGACUAAUGAGCAACAGCAACCAGCAACCCAAAAAAGUGCCAAAGCUGUCAGCCUGUUUAACACUGAGUUCCUGUACAGUCGAGAGGCCUGCGGCUGGAAGGUGUGCUGUGUGAAAGUCGCCACGGAAUGUGGCUGCACGUGCUCCAUGGACUGGCUCCUCUCGACCGGAGCGCCAACUUGUCCCAACGAUCGCUGUGAACGUACACAGUGCUCCGACUCCCCUGUGCUCUACGACCAAUGCCCAAUGCCAUGUGUAAUUUCAAAGUUUGUAAAACAGAAUCUCCUUGUGAUAGAACCACCUGACUCACGUCUACCCACUAAUACCUCAAAGUUGAAGCUUAUUCGGUCAGAGAACGUCCAAGUGGCUGCCGAAGAGGAGAUCUAUUCUUUGGCCAAACUUUUCUCAGAAAUAGGCGGACUGUGCUCGCUGUUUAUUGGUUUUUCAUGCAUCUUCUUUUUUGAACUAAUUGAAGCCCUGCUACUAAUAAGAAGAGGUAGAAAGGCAGAAGAGGAAGCCAAGUUAAACCGCAUUUCAGAUAACGCCGUGACACAAUUUCGUUGUGCAUCUGAAACAAAAGAAUUAUCCGCAUCUCAUCCCAGAGGUGAAAGGAGUCCAUUGCCCGCUGUGACAAACCAUCACAACUACCAAAACCAGUCGCUAUUUGGUGAAGACGAGGGAGUGACACUGCCAGUUAUUUUGCGUUCGGGCGUGAUUGUCGCCAACCACCAUGAUCCUGUGGAAAGACUAACGGUGGCAGAGAAGAAGAGCAUGAACCAUGGCACCUACCUGCUUGCUGAUUCCCAAGGUUAG